AUAUCAGCUUUUCCUUCUAGACUUCGGUUCGAACAUCAUUAGGCAGGUCCUAUUUUGUAGCGCUUGCGACACAUUCUUUGCCAAUAUGACGCCUUCUAAGGGUCGCUUUUCUUUUCUCUUACCACUUACGUGCUUGAUUGGCUCCGUGGCUGCGGCGCCACUGGAAGAGUUCGUGACCAGACAGAGUAACCUGCUGGCCUGUGUUCGCUCUGUUUUUGGAAACACUUCAGAUGCUCGAAUAGUCGGACCCACGGAUCCUACCUUUACAGAUGCGAGACUCGGCGAGAAGAUCCAAUUCGAUGAAUUCCCCUCGUUGAUUGUUUUCGCCGAAGAUGUUUCCGAGGUCCCUGCUCUUGUCAAUUGCGCUCAGAAAUCAGGAAUUCGUGCCGUUCCCCGGACCGGCGGUCACCACUUUGAAGCCUACUCCACGUUGACAGAUACAAUGACUAUUGACAUCAGUCACAUUAACUACGUACAAGUUUCCGAAGAUCGAAACACUGCCGUUGUCGGAGCCGGAAUUCGACUCGGUGCGCUUUAUAACGUCCUCUGGAAACACGAAAGGUCGUUCAAUGGCGGCAUUUGUCCAACAGUCGGUCUAUCCGGCUUCUUGUCUAGUGGAGGAUUCAGCAAUCAAAUGCGCGACAUGGGACUCGGGAUCGACUACAUUCAAUCCGCCAAGGUUGUCCUUGCAAAUGGCCAGCUUGUCACCGCUUCAGCUUCCGAAAACCCGGACCUGUUCUGGGCAGUCAAGGGCGGCGGUGGCGGUACGUAUGGAAUUGUUGUGGAGUACGUCCUGGAGGUCCUGGAGUAUCCGCGAUCUAGCAUGGUUCUGAUCAACUGGAACGAGACCGAUACCAAUACGGUUCGCUAUGAUGUUGCGAAGCGAUUCCUGGAUUGGGCACCAAGGCAAGAUCGCCGAUUCACUUCCCAGGUCAACGUCUAUGGCACAACUGUCCAGGUCGUUGGGCAGUUCCUCAAUGCCACUGGCGAGGAACUGACCGCGCUGAUCAAUGAUUCGGGACUCCUCACCAUCGGGAAACCAGAGCCGAUUAUUGACGGUGGCUGCAAUCAACUCAAUUCCCGUCUCUUCGGAUAUACCACGUUCGACUGCCAAGCUGAUAACGAGGUCGACCCUCUCAUUACCAACGUGGUUCCUCAAGCCUUCGAACCAGUCGGCAACUACCCUCGGUUCGGGUAUAAUGAUGUUCCAGCGGACCCUGCUGCUCCAGUGGCUCCAGCCUGGCCACGCUUCUGGCGUAUUGCCAAGUCAUUCAUCGUCCAAAAGGACAACCUCCUUCCAGAUGACGCACUGAGGAAUGUCAUUGACCGGAUUGCUCAGCUCCCGCCGGAAGCUAGCGCUUGGGGAGAGUGGCAUGCGUGGAACUUGUCCUCCACGGCAGAUGGAAGCGAUGCCUUCGCCUGGAGAGAUCAAGCAUAUGCCCAUCUCGAGUUCCAGAUCCGUGGCUCCGACGAUAUGGACGUACAGAACGGAUAUCAUGACUGGAUGGCUGAUUUGGAAGGCUACCUCCGGCCUAUAGUUGGUCCGGCUUCAUACACUGGCUACGCCGACUCCAAGAUCUCAGUGAAUCCAUUGGAAUCCUACUUCGGCAACAACGUUUGCAAGCUCAUUAAUGUCAAGAACCAAUAUGAUCCAGGCAACUUCUUCCAAAAUCCGGCUAGCAUUCCAGUGCGUGCGGAGAAUGGGUUGACGUGCUAGAUGUCUCGGGAAGCAUUGCAUGGCGUUGGUUAGUGGUUGAGUUGGCAUAGACGCAUAUUUCCUUGCAUAUUUCCUGUACCGAUGUACAUUACGUUUUUUGUAUAUUCAAAACCAUCCAAUCACAGUAGGAUUCUACUAGUGUCACGAAUAUCCACUGCACGAAUAAAUUCCG